GUGCAAGCCGUAGACCCGGUGCCUAAUGCUGUUCAAUCCACCUGAGUGGGCCAGCCAACCCUGUAGAAUCGCGAGCCUUGAGGUUUAUUCCGGCAACCGACGGAUUGUUGUUCAUCCUGUGGACAUCGAGCCCUAUUACACGUUCGGACGGCAAGCUGAGUCGGUGUCAAUUGCACUCGAGCACCAUUCGUGUAGCCGCGUGCACGCUGCUCUCGUCCACCACAACGACGGUCGCAUCUUCUUAAUCGACCUCCAGUCGACACAAGGCACGACUGUUGACGGCCGCCGCAUCGCACCCAACAAGCCGGUAGUGCUUAAAGACAACACGCGCAUUCGCUUCGGCGAGCUAGAGUACGACUACGUUCUUCGCUGCGAGUCUGCAGCCGAGAAGCGCUCCGCCGCCGGUGACCCCGACGCCGCCCACGCGCAGCCGCACAAGCGCGCCGCCAUGGCCGACGCCCGCGUCCGCGCCUCCCACCUGCUGGUCAAACACAAGGACGUGCGCCGCCCCAGCUCCUGGAAGGAGCCCGUGGUGACCCGCACCCGGGAGGAGGCGCUGGCCAUGAUCGAGCACUUCCACUCCAUGCUGGUCAAGGGCGAGGUGGAGUUCGCGGCGCUGGCCGCACAGGAGAGCCACUGCAGCAGCGCCAAGCGCGGCGGGGACCUGGGGGAGUUCGGUCGCGGCGAGAUGCAGAAGCCGUUCGAGGACGCCACCUACGCCCUCAAGGUGGGCGAGCUGAGCGGCCCCGUGUUCAGCGACUCGGGCGUGCACCUCAUCCUGCGCACAGGCUGAAGGCGGAGGGCAGCGCUCUGGGGGAAAGGCGGCGGACAGCGCUCUGCGGUGGGGGGAGGCCAGGCUGGGGCGUAGCUGUCGGGAGGCCAGGCUGGGGCGUAGCUGCGGAGGCCAGGCGGAGGUCAGAUGAUGGCAAUUGCUUUCGUGAGAUAGCGAUAAGCAGUGGACAAUUGUGCGAGGAGUGGGCAGCGUCGGAGCAGGAGGAGAGGCCGAAGGAGGCCGGAUGAAAGAACGGCCAGGAUUGCGCUCGGGCAUACGGGCAUAGCGUGUGAUGCAUGGCUUGUGACAGGCGUUCGUUGGCGCGUCAUAACUGCGCAAAUAGUUGCAAUGGCAACACUUCCUUUGUAACAGUACGGUAUC